AUGUUCCAGCCGUCUGCGAAGCGCUGCUUCACCAUCGAGUCUCUGGUGGGCAAGGACACCCACCUCAGCCCCGAGGAGCCCCCGCGGCCCCCCGCCCUCGGUUACCCCGGACCCGCCGCCGACGCCGCCGCCGCCGCCGCCUUCGCCCCCGGCUUCCAGGGCGCUGCCGCCGCCGGCCGGGCCCUCUACGGCAGCGCCGAGCUCGUUUUCCCCGAAACCGUGGGGCACCCGGCGCUCCCCGUCGGGCCCCACCAACUGGGGGGGUCGGCCUUACCGCACCCCCAUUCCUUCUUCGGGCCUCAGCACCGCGACCCGCUCAACUUCUACCCCUGGGUGCUGCGGAACCGUUUCUUCGGGCACCGCUUCCAAGGGAGCGAGGUGUCUCAGGAGAGCCUGCUCCUCCACGGCCCCUUCGCCCGCAAGCCCAAGCGCAUCCGCACCGCCUUCUCGCCGUCGCAGCUCCUGCGCCUGGAGCGGGCCUUCGAGAAGAACCACUACGUGGUGGGCGCCGAGCGCAAGCAACUGGCCAGCAGCCUCAGCCUCUCCGAGACCCAGGUGAAAGUGUGGUUCCAGAACAGGCGGACGAAAUACAAACGGCAGAAGCUGGAGGAGGAAGGACCCGACUCGGACCAGAAGAAGAAAGGCUCCCACCACAUCAACCGAUGGCGCCUCGCCACCAAGCAGUCGAGCGGAGAAGACAUCGACGUCACCUCCAACGACUAAGGCAGGGACAGGCUCCUGGUGCAGCCACCAUGGAGAGGAACCCGGGGGAGGAAGGGGGGACACAGGCGGCAUCGCCAAACGAACUCUAAGGACGUCGCCGAAGCCACCGCCGCCGCCCGCUGCCUUUCCUCCGGGCCGCCCGGCCGUGACCGGGGGACCCGCACCCCGUCCCCCCCCGCCGCCCGGGGCGUCCCUCGGAGGUGCUUUUCGGGAAGCUCCCGCCGCCGAGCCGAGGAGGAAGAGGAGGCUGCCAGGGCACCCGCGGCCCCGGGCCGCGACCGCGCAUCCUCCUCCGCGCUGGAAGCCGUCCGUCAGCCAUGAGAUCAAACCCAGUCGUCCUACCUAGAAGCUCAAUGUACCCAACCCCUUUUCCAUUUUUAUUUUUAUUUUUUGCUUUUCUUUUUGUUUCCCACCUCCCUCCUUUUCUCCAUUGUUUU